AUGGGCAAGGCGGCAAUCGACUACUCGCUGUACCUCGUGACGGGGCGCGAGCUGCUCCCCGAGGGCAAGGACUACUACGAGAGCCUCGAGGAGGCGCUGCAGGGCGGCGUGACGGUCGUGCAGGUGCGCGAGAAGGACACGGACACGGGGGAGUUUGUCGAGAUUGCGCGCAAGACCAAGGAGAUCACGGACAAGUACAACGUCCCGCUCUUCAUCAACGACCGCAUCGACGUCUUCCUUGCCGUGCGCCCGGCCGGCCUGCACAUCGGGCAGAGUGACCUCCCCCUCGCCCGCGCGCGGGAGCUGGUCGGCGACGACGCGCUGAUCGGGGUCAGCGUGUCCAAUGUGGACGAGGCGCGCGCGGCUGUCGCCGGCGGGGCGGACUAUGUCGGCGUCGGCGCGAUCUGGGACACGGGGAGCAAGGACGUCACGGCGAAGCUCAAGCUCGCGCCUGAGGGCGCUGGUGUCGUGCUGGACGUGCUUGAGGGCGUACCGUCCGUCGCGAUCGGCGGUAUCCACCCCCCCAAUGUGCCUCAGUUGCUGCACGGCUCCGUGAGCCCCGUGAACCGCACGGCGCUCGACGGCGUGGCCGUCAUCUCGGCGAUCGUGAGCUCGGCCGACCCGCGCGCGGCCGCCGCAGGGAUCCGCGCCCAGGUCGACUCGUUCAAGCGUGCCCGCAAGACUGGCAACACGCAGGCCGUCUUUUCGGGCGCGAAGGCUGCCCGGACGCCCAAGGAGCUGAUCGAGCAGUCGGCGGCGCUGAUGGCUGUCGUGCGCGACAACACGCCGCUGGUGCACCAGCUCACCAACAACGUCGUCAUCAACGACUCGGCCAACGCCACCCUCGCUGUCGGCGCGUCGCCCAUCAUGGCAACCAACCCUUUCGACGUCAAGGACCUGUCGCCCGCAAUCGGCGCGCUGCUGGUCAACUUUGGCACCAUCACCGACAAGGCGGGCAUGCUCGUGGCCGGACGCGAGGCCAACGUGAACCGCAAGCCGGUCGUGUACGACCCGGUCGCGGUCGGCGCGACGGCCUUCCGGCGGAGCACGAGCAAGGAGCUGCUGUCGCACUGGCAGCCGACGGUGAUCAAGGGCAACCCUGCCGAGAUUGGCGCGCUCGCCGAGUCGACCGAGGUGGCCUCGCGCGGCGUCGACGCCGUCGGCGGCGGGUUCGCCAACCCCGGCAGCGUGGUCAAGGUGCUCGCGAGGCGCAAGAACGCCAUCGUCGUCAUGACCGGCAAGCACGACUACAUAUCGGACGGCGAGACGGUGCUCAAGACGAGCAACGGCGUCGACCUGCUCGAGGUGAUCACGGGCUCGGGCUGCAUGACGGGCACGAUUGUGGCGACGUUUUGCGCCGCUGCGCGCCUGCACUUCCUGGCCUCGAACGCUGCGGUCGAGAACGACUCGCAGCUGGUGCAGGGGGACCACCUCGUUGGUGCGCUCGCAGGCGUCCUCGUCUUCAACAUCGCCGCCGAGCUCGCGGCGGCCCGGCCCGACGUCAAGGGCCCGGGCACGUUCCGCGCAGCGCUGAUCGACGAGCUGUACAAUGUGCGUGCGGCCGAUGUGCUCGCGCGGGCCAAGGUGGAAGUGCUCGAGGUGUAG